CAGAAGGAUCACAACAUUGGUGAUAUGUCAAAAAUAUUAGUCAUUUAAUACUUUUCUGCAACUUUUGCCAAAUAUCGCACGGUAGACAUAUUGAAAAUAAGUUCAAUUUUAAACUGACCCACUAACAGACGUGCAAUAUGUCAGAUUCACGAGUUAGACCAGGAAAUCCUGACAGAGUCUGGAAUGAUCCGCCCAUGUUCAACUACACCGGCAGCCCAUCAGGUGGCCAGCCGAGACGAGCGUUAAACAAGCGAGUGGCUUUUCCAAUGUCUUCAAACUCAACUGCACCUGGACAUGCAGUGUUGAAACCCAGUGCAGGUCCACCCAUAUUGAAUCCUGUGCUGCCAGCAGACAUCCAAGGACCCCCUAUGGCCCCUCAGCAAGCACCUGUUCCAAUUGGUCUCAGAGACACACCCCUUGGCAACCAGGCUCCACCUUCCACCCAAAUACAGCUCCUCCCACCAUCAACUGAUGUGUCAAUGCCACAGACUGUUCCAGUUCUUGUGCCUUUAUUGGUUCCCAGUACUCAGCCUUUGUUGGUUGAUUCUGAAAAAGUUGUUGAGCCAGUUCCCAGUUCUCUGGAUAAUGAAAGGCUUGAAGAUCUGAUAGCCAGGUUGUCUGUGACUGCUGAAUCUGACCUAUUAAAAAUGACUGUCAAAAAAUUAAACGAGGUGCUUGAAGGAUACUCAAGUAUUUUAACAAAAAAGGUGUACGAGGACAUCACACGUAAGCUUGAGAUCCUGCAGGAGAAAUGGCCAUCACUGUCUGAGACUGUAAAGGUCAGGGUUGUGCAGCUGGCUCUAGCAUUAUCCAGUGGUGAGACAGACAAAGCCAGCCAUCUACAGCUAGCACUUGUUGUUGAUCACAUUGCUGAGGUGAACCAGUGGGUGAUGGGAGUGAAACGGUUGAUACAGCAGCAACAGUUGGCCAACAAGGAGAAAGAAAUCAUCUCAGAGAACAGAAUGGCUGCCCUGGGAGAAGAGGAUAGCAGCAACCAGUCUGAUCCCCAUGAUACAGAGAAAGAUGAAGCAAAUAACCAGUCAGAUGUAAACCAGUCUGGCAAUUCUGACAACCAGUCAGGAACUAUUGAUAUUCAGUCAGACAUUGCUGAUAAUCAGUCUCAAGCUGGUAGUGAUCCAGUAGAUAUUUCUGAUAGCAGCAAGCUUGACUGUGUUGGAAACCAGACUGAGUUGAAAAGUUGUCAGAAUUUUGAUCACACUAACAACGAAAGUAUUACUGAACAAUCUAAUGUUGAAAACUCAGAAGAAGGCACAAAUACUUCAAAUCAAACUGAGGAAGCUAGUAAUGUUGAUAAUGCAUCUUGAGAGAAAUGGCUUAGUUUUUCAUUUGGCAAAUUUACGACAGUUAAUGCAAAAAUAUAGUAGUUUGAAUGUGCUUUCAUAGAAAUCCUUUUAAGCUCAAUUGUGUUGAAAGCUUAUAUUGUCAUGCUCAAGAGUUCUGAUUGGCAUAGCAAAAAAAUGUUUUGUUUCUGGUAAUCUGACUCAAGAUACUUGAAGCCGCCGGACCCUAGUAGUGAUUCUUUUCCAGUUUUUGAGGUUAUAAAUAAGUUUAUAAACAAAUAGGAGUUUCUAAGGGUUUCAAAGGGGAAUAAACCUGCAUUCUGUAUUCUAUAAAAUAAAAAGUGCCUAGUCGACAGUUCAUGAUGAUCGUUUGUAAGGCCUUAUUUGAUUGGCUGUGGAAAUACAUCUGUCAAAUCAAUAGCACACACACACACAAGAUCUUACACCAUGUGAUUUAAACAUAUCGAUUCACACUAAAAAUGUUGUUGCAGUAAUAAAACCAGUAUGCCGAUCAUACUAAACUAUACUGGCCAAAUAAAAAAAAAGAUCUCUACCUUCCCUACAUACCAGUUGAAAUUUUGGGGAUGUUAAUGGAAACAGUUUUUUCCUUGCUGCACCUAAUCAUGUUUUAAAAGCAUUUAUGGUCUAGCAAAUAAUAUGGAUUUUUUUAUCUCAGCAGAUAAGAAUUCUGGACAUAUGUUCAUGUGCUUUUUUAAUACAAUUGUAGAUGCAUUCUGCUAUCUAGAUAUAGAACUCAUCACUCACUGUCAGUCUGUUAAAUCUGUGGACUAGCAUACCACUACACUAUUGUUUAUAGAAAUGUUUCCAAAUGCUACUAUAAUACUAUAUAUCAUGCAAAUAAAAAUAAGAUUGUAUGGAAGGCAUUGGAGGUACUGUUUCUGAUUUUAAGCCAUGAGUUUUGAUUUUAGACAUUGAGGAUUUUCUUCUGAUUUUAUGGCACUGGAUUUCAUUUUAAGGCAUUGGAUCGGAUGUUGAGGCACUGGUUCUGAUUUUGAGACACUGGAUCAGAUGUUGAGGCACUGGUUCUGAUUUUGAGCCACUGGAUCAGAUGUUGAGGCACUGGUUCUGAUUUUGAGGCACUGGAUCAGAUAUUGAGGCACUGGUUUUGAUUUUGAGGUAUUGGAUCAGAUGUUGAGGCACUGGUUCUGAUUUUGAGGUAUUAAUUAUAAUUUUGAGGCCUUGGUUCUGAUUUUGAGGUAUUAAUUAUAAUUUUGAGGCCUUGGUUCUGAUUUUGAGGUAUAACGGUAAUUCUGAUUUUGAUGCAUUUGUUCUGCUUAAAAUAUAUUCAAUUGGGUUACCACAUGUGGAUCAUAAUGUUGGUUUACUUUGUCAUUUUAUACAUGCAUGUAAUGUAGUUGUAGUUUAAUUCUUCAAAUGAGAAAACAUGUAAUUACAAUACUAUUUUGUUCUUCAGAUAACUACAUAAUAUGUAACUAAACUGUAUAUAGUGUGUACUGGUAUAUACAGUGUACUAAUUCUUCUAUUGUGGGAAAUUGCUAUAAUAAAUUCAUUUUCAUUGUCCUCUGUGAUUUUAGUUAUUGGCACUGUUUUACUGAUAUGUAAACAAUUACCCGGUAAUAUGAUAUUUAUAGUCUGCAAAAUAUUUGUAUAAUGGAUUAAAUUAAACUAAUAAUACUCGAAUGAGCCGCAAUUCCAAAGAACCUAAUGUUUAUAUUUCCAUAUUUUUUUCUUGGGGAUUUUCUAACUUUAACGCUGAAAAAUUCACUAUAAAGACAAAUUAAUAAAGUAUAAAUUUGGCUGUUUGAACAGCGGGGCAUCAAUGACAUCAUAAGUGCUGUUCUGUACUAUACAGGGUAUUUUGUUGAUGUUGGGUUCCUUGCAAUAUGAAUACAAGUGAAACAGUGCGUUCAUCAAAGGGCACGAGGAGAGUUAAGAUUGCACUAUUUAACAUUUGCUGGUGUAAAUAGCAUAAGGGAUUAAUUCCAUCAUUUCCUACAUGUAAUGAGAAUUAACAAAACAAAAUUGGUUAUCAGACCAACCCUUAAUGUUUGUACCAUAAAUUUUGUUAUCGUCUUUGGACAAUUUAUUUGUGACCUUUAUUUUUCCUUUUGGGUUUAAAUUUUUGGUAGUUUAUUGCAAGGAAAGACCUUUAAAUGUACUAUUAUUGUUAUCAACAUUGACCAGGCUAGAUGGGGACAGUUUUAGUGUGAAAAUGUUAUUCAGACAUAGCUUGACCUAAAAAAACAAAAAGUUAUUCCUAACCUACUUACCCUAUUUUUCUUGGCAGUGGGAUCAGAAAACAACUACUUUUUCUGGCCUAAGCUCUUAGCUUAAAACUGUAUUUACCAGUACUAGGACAUGGUCUGUUCAUGAAAUAAAAUAUGAUGUUGCUGUUUUGCCAUAUUUUUUUAACAUUAACAUCGUCUAAGUCACAUAAACCUGUGAAUAUUAUAUCAAUGUAUUACAUAUUACUAUUUGUUUUAUUUAAAACACAUCUAUGCAAAUAUUGUUAUUUUUCUAAAUGUAUUCAACGUAAAGCACUGUAAUACAUUUUUUAACCAUGUCUGUUAGCUGAUAUACAAAUAUAAUUCACAAUAUCAUUUUCUUGUUUAUGAUAAAAUGAAAGAUUAAGAAUACUCUAUUUUGGUAUGAAAUUUUAUGACUACACAACCCAUCCAUUGAUGGGAUUUUUUUGGUGAAAAUAUCUCUUAAAACUUUAGUUUAUAGUUAAUGACUAUUUUUACUGCAUGUAUGACCAGAUUAUGAAGCUGAUAAAGCUUACUUAUUUCAUUUAGAGCACAUGUUAAAAAGGACACAUAAAAUGAAUUGAAUAUGAUAGGUAUGGCUUGGCUGGUUACAUGUUGUGGUUCAUCAAUUAUAUGUUUCAAAUUAUUGCUAAAAUUUCAAAAGAAAGAAAAGUUGGCUCUCGUGGUUCAUUUAUUUAGACCCCCUCCCCUAUCCCCCCCCCAAAAAAAAAAAAAAAAAUAAAAUUUAAAUAAUUAAAAAAACCUGGUUUAUUAUUUUAUUAUUAUAUAAGAAAAGUAUUAUGAAUCAUAUUAUAGUCAAUCCCCAUUGUUUAUUUGUUGAUAUGCGUGUAGUUAAUAUUUUAUUAGACAAUAUAUGUUACCUUCGAUAAGAUGUUUUAAUAUAUAUGAAAGACAUACUCUAUUUUGGCAAGUGUUUUAUUAUAAUUACCGGUACAAACUAGGAAAUAAAUAACUAGUUGCAUUAUGUUUGUUGGACUCUUUAUAAACUUUCUCACUACAGUGAAACAUGUCAACACCAUGGAGAACUUUGUUUAAAGUAUGUACAUCAGUGGCUGUAUUCACAAAGCAUCUGAGUGAACAUCUUCAACGAAAUGAAAAAAAUGCCUUUUUCCUCAGUUGAAUUUAAUGAAAACAAAAAACGUUUUUACAAAAAGUAACCAAAUAAUAAAGGAAUAGGAAUAAAUUCAUAAAUUAUAGAGGGUACUUAUAAUAUUUGUAUUUCAAACUAAGAUGCUUUAUGAAUACAGCCUCUGAUCUACAGAUUAUAAACAAAAAUACUUAAAUGUUUGCAUCUUUCACUGCAAUUUUCACACAUUCUGUCAAAAUUACCAAAUUAUGUUUAUAAUUGUUGUAUAAAACCUUCUUGCAAUCAACUGUCACAUUGACCUAUUGAUAUUAUAAGUUCUAAACUGCCAACCAGGAAGACCUGGAGGGGGUAUUCAUAUAAACUUCAUUUCCUAGCUUUAGUCAUUUUCUUAAAAUUUCAUAUUUUCAAGUGUUUUUAACAUUUAAGUAUGAUUGUUUCAAUUAGGUCAAUGACAAUAAUGUAUUAUGGAAAUUUUUAUUUUCUAUUUCAUAUGACUGAAGAGAUCCUAAAUUAGGAAAGGGACUGAAGAAGUUUUAUGAAUACUGCCCCAGCAUCAUUGCUGGCAGCGCAACAUUUGUGUUGCUUUUUCUUUUGUAAUUUUCUUUUUUCUGACUAUUACUAUGAAAUUAAUUUCAUGUUAUAAGUUAUCACAUUGAUAUAUUUUUCAAAAUAUUCAAAUAAAAGUAAAAGUUGAUGACAUUGAAAUUACAGCUAUUAUAAAUGGGCAUUUAAGUCAUGGUUUGACACGAAACUCAUGUUUGCAAGUUGAGAAUUUACCAGUAUGUUAUUGCUUUUAUUCAUAUAUAAUGCUUAUUUCUUUAAUAGUUGUGGUUUUAUGUUUAAGAUGUGCUUGAAGAAAAAUACCAUAAUUAUAUAAUGCUAACAAACUUGUGGCAUAAAUGUAAAUCUUGAGGGGAUUAUUUGUUUAAGUUUUGCUAUUUGAAAUAAAAUGUGCAAUAUAU